UCGAUCGCUUGAAGUAAUCAAAAUAAGUAAAUACGAACGACGGAGUAAACAUUUAUAAUUAUUAUUAUGAUUCAUCAGUUUCUCAUAACAGAGCAUUGUUCGAUGAAGUUUGCAAAUAUUUUAUAAAAAUGUGUUUGAAAUGACAUUCAGGAUUUGCUAUGCAAAUCUUGUUAUUUAGGAUCAGUUGAAUGAAAAUGGAAAUGAUUUGUGGAAGAAAAGAUUUGCAUAUACGAAAAUAGAAUACGUCUUCACUGUACAAAUUAAACAAUCUCUAUAUAUAACCUAACUUGAGAAGCAGAGACUCUAUAAGAGAUUUUAUAUAAUUGACUUAAUGAACGAAAUUAGCAUUAACAAUAAGAUGAUUGAUAAAAACACUAGUGGCAAUAUUUUGCUACCCUCAGAAAAACUACCAGAAUGUUGGAAUCAAGAAGAAAGAAUGAGUGCAUUGUUCUCACCAUUUCGCAGUAAAUCUGCCAAUCCACAAGAUUGGAUUUCUAAAUACAAAUUUUGGCAUGAUUUGAUAUAUGAAUGGCUGAAGUAUAACAUGCAAUGUAGUUUUUCUAUCAUCGAUUUAAAUGAAGCUUUUAAAAGAAGAGGUUGUACACCUCUUUGUCUGAUUACUGUGAUUGAAGAGCUUCUCAGAAAUAAUGAAAUAAUUCAAGAGACUGAUUUUUUUCAAGAACCAUGUGAAACAUGGGCAGCAUGGUCAAUUGAUAUAUUUAUUAAAAAACCAAUUAGCUGGUCUUUCUCUAAAGUAAAAAAUUAUAUAGUAGGCCAGAAUGUAAAUAACACAGAAGUAAGAUACAUACACUUGCGGAUUGUUCAAGAACUGGGUGAUAUUAUUCUUUCCAUUGCUGACAUUAAGAAAGACAAUAUCUUAUUUUCAAUCUCUGAAAUAGUAGAAUAUUGUGAGAACAAAACUAAGAAACAUAUUUCAGAGAAUACAGUAAGAUUAGUGUUGGAGUGGUUAAGGCAUAGAAAAAAGAUUAGUGUCAAGAAAAAUUUUGAUUCACAUAAUGAAUUACUGAUUAAAAUUUGUACACAAACAGUAAAUGAAAUUACAGAAGUAGAAGAAGGCAUAUAUAAACUGAUUAAGCAAGAAAAUGAACUGAUCAAAGAGAUAGAACUUAUGGAACAAGAGAAGCUUAAUAUUAUCAACGAAACAAAAUCAUAUUUGGCAAAAGGAUUGCGUCAGAUGGCAAAGACACGUUUAAGAAGGAAGAUGGAAUUGGAAAAGACCAUAGAAAAACGUGCGCAAACUCUUACAAACCUACGCACUCUAAUCACCAAUAUUGAAGAUGCGCAUUCUAAUGUCACUGUAUUGUCUGCUUACAAGACUGGAUCUGAUAUAUUAAAGAAAAUACAACAAGAUGAUUUAACAGAACAUGAUGUUAGAGACAUUAUGGAUGAUAUUAAUGAGCUUUUAGAAGAGAAACAAGAGAUAGACUCAGUUUUAUCUGAGUCAUUGCACCUCACAGAUUCGGAUGCCGAGUUGGAAAAGGAAUUAGCAGAACUAUUGAAUAAAGACAAUGAUGAUAUAGAUGAUUCUAAUAUAGUUUCUGAAUCAAAUCCAGAAAUUGAAAAAAUUGAACAACGUUUGAAAGAUUUGUGUAUGGAAGGUAUAGAGUCACCUGGCAAAAAUAGACUUGUAUUACCAACUGUGCCAUCUCGUAAGGACAAGGCAUUAAAGGAAUUAUAAUAUUUAUAUUAAUGAAGCAUCUGUAUAUAAUUGUAUACUAACUCCAUGGAACUACUUGUAUUCUUUUAAACAUUUUACUGCAUCUAUUGUGUCACAUAAUAAAAAAUAUAUGUUAGAAUACAUGUAAAUUAUGUAUGAAGAGAAUGAAAUAGAAAAUAAAAACGUGUGACUCUGAA